AUGGUUCAAGGUGUUUCAGAGAUAGCUGCAAUGUGUGUCGGCCUGAUUGGGCUGAUCGGGGCGGCGGCUACUACAGGGAUGCCCAUGUGGAAGGUGACAGCUUUCAUUGGGGCAGACAUCAUUGUGAUGGAAACCCGAUGGGAAGGCUUGUGGAUGAACUGCUACAGACAAGCCAACAUCAGGAUGCAGUGUAAGGUGUAUGACUCCCUGUUGUUCCUGCCCCCGGACCUACAGGCAGCCAGGGGUCUGAUGUGCUGCUCUCUGGCUUUGUCGGGGCUCGGGCUCCUUGUGGCUCUGGUAGGAAUGCGGUGUACAUCCUGUAUUAAGGAUAAUGAUCGGGCAAAGACCAUCAUCCUGAUUGUUGCCGGUGGGAUGCAGUUCAUGGCCUGUAUCUGUGUCUUUAUCCCCGUGUCGUGGACAGGUCAUGUCAUCAUAAGAGAUUUUUACAAUCCUUUGCUCAUUGAUGCCCAGAGGAGGGAGCUGGGAGAGGCUCUCUACAUCGGUUGGGUGACUGGCGCCUUCCUUUUUGCCUCUGCCAUGUUGUUUCUCUGCCGCCGUAUGCCUUCAGACAAAGGCUCCUUCGACAUUUACCGCCAAGCAAACUUGCUGAGUUACAAGCCAACACCCAGCAGGCCAACUCUAAUGAAUUACCAUCCCAUUCCAAGUGUUUCCAGCCUUCGAUCUACUGGAUACCAUCCUGCUUUGCAGAACAAUGGCUCUGUUGGACAACAACUUGCAAUGCCACUGCAAAACAUCCCUCAAGUAAUAACAAGUGAUGGAGCUCUAAUCAACCAUCCUGUUGUCUAUAACCCCGGCCUGCCUGAAAGUGCAUCACUGUUAUAUCAACAUAGCAUGGCUCAUCAUUCCUCCAUGCGGAGUUCUAACCAUGUUGGAAGUUUGUAUACGCCAGGCCACUCCUUGUACACGAGCCAAAACACCACGCAAUUUACACCGACUUAUAUCGGCAAUCCUUCUGCAUCCUACCAGUCCAGUUUCCAUCCGGUUGCACACACUCCUGUUUUUGUAGGAUAUAAAGCAUCAAAAAUUCAACCAGACUCUCACAGUGGGAGCAGUGCUGGUGUGUACAUAUAG